UCGUCACCCCAUCUCUCUCCUGGAUCUCACACAAACCUUGACCACUUGAGAGAUGCUACUGCUUCUCUGCCAUUCCCUCCUGCUCAUCUUUGCUCAACAGUGCUUCAGCAGGGCGCAGAACAAUGGGCAGCUGCAAGCUCCUCAGGGUGGACGGGCUACGACAGAGAGACGCCAAUUCUGCCAGUGGCCCUGCAAGUGUCGGCAGAGACCUUACUGUGCCCCUGGUGUCAGCUCUGUCCUGGAUGGGUGCGGCUGCUGUAAGAGCUGCGCCCGACAAAUUGGAGAGCCGUGCAACGAGAGGGACGUGUGCGACCCACACAAGGGCAUGUACUGUGACUUCUCCGCAGACAAGCCAAGAUACGAGGUUGGAGUGUGUGCAUACAUGAUGGCGGUAGGCUGUGACCUGAAUGGGGUCCACUAUGAGAAUGGAGAAUCCUUCCAGUCCAGCCCCCUCUACAAGUGUACAUGCAUCGCUGGAGCCAUCGGCUGUACCCCUGCUUUCAUCCAGAAGCCUGCUGGUCUCUUAGGCUCUGCACCACUGAUCAGCAACACGCCAGCUGGCCUUCGCAGUGGCCAGAGCCCAAACAAGCACCAGCAGGACACUAUCUACAUGUCAGGUUACAGGGACCCUCCUUUAGCCUGGAAGAGGAACUGCCUAAUCCAGACCACCCACUGGAGUCCCUGCUCCAAGACCUGUGGCCUGGGCAUCUCUGUACGUGUCAACAAUGAUAACAGCAAGUGUGAGAUGAGGAAAGACCGCCGCCUGUGCUUGCUGCAACCGUGUGAGAAAAGCGUGCUCAGGAGUGUCAAGGUGCCAAAGGGAAAGACGUGCCGACCCAAAUUCCAGGCAAAGAAAGCAGAGAAGUUGACUCUCUCUGGCUGUACCAGCAACAAGAAGUUUAAGCCCACAUACUGCGGUGUGUGUACAGACAAGCGCUGCUGUGUCCCCAACAAGUCACGCAUGAUCAAGGUCAACUUCACCUGCAAAGGAGGCUCCAACACACAGUGGAAGAUGCAGUGGAUAACGUCCUGUGUGUGUCAGAGGAAGUGCAACGAUCCGGGCGACAUGUUUUCUGACCUGCGUUUACUCUAAGGACCCCAAACGUCAGAGACGCA